AUGUGUGCGGGCGGCUGUGCCAAGUGCCUGGGAGCCACGCUCAUCCCCCUCGCCGUGCUCUGCACCCUCGCGAACAUUCUCCUCUUCUUCCCUGGAGGGAAGGUGGUCGAAAACAAUGCCCACAUUACGGAUGAGGUUUGGUACUUCGGAGGGAUCUUGGGAUCCGGUGUACUGAUGAUCUUUCCUGCCCUGGUAUUUCUGGGCCUUCAGAGUAACGACUGCUGUGGAUGCUGUGGGAACGAGAGCUGUGGGAAGAGGUUUGCGAUGUUCUCUUCUGUAAUAUUCGCUGCUGUUGGAGUUCUGGGAGCUGGAUACAGCUUUGUUCUGUCAGCAGUAGCCCUGAACAGAGGCCCUAAAUGUGACACCGGAGCAGACUGGACCUACCCUUUCCAGGAUGGGAAUUACCUCGCUAACCACACACUCUGGAGCGCGUGUAAAUCACCCGAAAACAUCGUCCCGUGGAACCUGACCCUCUUCUCCUUGCUGCUUGUCAUGAGUGGGACCCAGGCAGUGCUCUGCGGCAUUCAGGCGGUGAACGGCCUGUUCGGGAUGAUCUGUGGGGACUGCAAAUGCUGCGGCUGCUGUGGGGGAGAUGGAACUGUCUAA